AUGGGUCCAAUCGGCCACGUGACCUCUACGUCAUUCUCUGAGCGACACGACCAUCUGGAGUUGUGUGAAUGUGAAUUAGCCAUAAACAUGGUUAAAUCGGGAAAACUUCGGUCCGGAACUGGAUCGAAACUCAAACGAUGGAAGAAAGGACACAGCAGUGACUCCAACCCGCAGACGAGCAGGUUUAGACAAGCCGCAAAAAGUCGUUUCUUCAGCAGUCCCUCUGGGAAGAGCGAUCUGACUGUUGAUGCUCUGAAGCUCCACAAUGAGCUGCAGACAGGUCCACUGGAGGUCAAGGAGCGCAGAGAUGCCUACAGUAUGGAGGAGGAGCCAGAGGAGGGGCUGUCAGACCGCACUUCUGGCACUUUUCUCAGUGGUUUGUCCGAUUGCUCAAACCUUACGUUUAGAAAAGUGCAGCGCUACUGGGAGUCCAACUCUGCGGCCCACAAAGAGAUCUGUGCAGUGUUGGCUGCAGUUACUGAAGUGAUUCGUUCUCAAGGUGGAAAAGAGACAGAAACUGAGUAUUUUGCAGCUUUGAUGACCACUUUAGAAGUUGUUGAUUCAGGGGAGUCCCAGGCAGCAGUCGCAUAUCUCCUUAACCUCGUCAUGAAAAGAGUUCCUGCUCCUGUUCUAAUAUCAAAGUUCUCAGACACAAGCAAAGCGUUAAUGGAUAUCAUGACUAAACAGGCCACAAGUGACUCAGCAUCAGCACUUCGAUGGAUUCUGUCGUGUCUGGCCACCCUGUUGAGGAAGCAGGAGGUUUCGGUUUGGACGUACUCAUCUACUCUUCAGAUUUAUCACGGUCUUCUUAGUUUUACAGUUCACAGCAAGCCCAAGGUGCGUAAGGCAGCACAGCAAGGCGUGUGCUCGAUCCUCAGAGGAAGUGACUUCCUGUUUAAAGAUGAUGCCCCUACUCAUCAUCCUGUUGCCAUGACAACGGCUAAAUUCUGUAUAAAAGAAAUGGAGCAGGCUGGAGGAAGCAAAGAAGACACCACAACACUUCACGUCCUAGGCCUUCUGAAAGAAUUGAUCGGGACGUUUCCUCUUGGAGCGGUUAAAUCUUGUUGUGAAACACUUUUGCGAGUGAUGACGCUCAGUCAUGUGAUGGUGACUGCGAGUGCCAUGCAAGCCUUUCAUAAACUCUUUAGCAGCAAACCAAAGGCUGAUACACUGUCCCCUGAACUGAAUGCACAGAUCAUCACGGCUCUCUAUGAUUACUUGCCCAGUGAGAAUGAUCUGCAGCCACUUUUAGCCUGGCUCGCGGUGAUGGAGAAAGCCCAUGUGCAUCUGUCAAGUUUGCAGAGUUCAUUAGGUUUGGGACACCUCCCUCGGCUCUUUUCUGCUGCGGUGUCCUGCCUGUUGUCUCCUCACACACAAGUGGUUUCUGCGGCUACUGGCACGCUUAAGACACUGCUGACUGAGUGUGUUGCACCCCAUAUGGAAGGCAUGGGCUUGAUCACAACCCAAGCUUCAACUGGAAAUUCCUCGUACAUCUGCAAAAUCUUCAAAAUUGCAGAAGAAGGGCUCUCUUACCGCUUCCACGCAUCAUGGCCCUUUGUCCUCCAGAUAUUGGGCGGUUUUUACAAAGUUGCAGGACAAAAAGCUCACCCCAUCAUGAUCAAGUCACUUCAGUCCCUGGCUGAUCUACGCUGCACUCCUCACUUUUCCUUCCCUGGAGAGUUGGAUUUGGCAGUGGGAGCAGCUGUAGAAGCCAUGGGCCCUCAAGUCGUGUUGGGCGCUGUGCCACUGAACAUUACUGGUCACGAUGAUGAUUUAGGGUUUCCACGUAGUUGGCUCAUUCCAGUUAUACGUGAUCAUGUGAAGAACACCCAACUUGGAUUCUUUAAUUCAUAUUUUCUUCCUCUGGCUUCAACACUCAAAAAGAGGGCCGAGGAGUUGGAACAAGCUGGGCAGAAACUUGAGUCCAAAGUUUACCAAACACUGCAGCUUCAGAUUUGGACCAUGCUUCCUGGUUUCUGCACUGGUUGUGUGGACCUCGUUGCAUCCUUUAAAGGUAUUGCCCGUACUCUUGGCUCAGCGGUCAACGAGCAGCCGGACCUGCGCCUGACGGUCUGCCAGGCUUUGCGCACCAUUAUCAACAAGAGCUGCAACACGGCUGAAGAAAAGGGAGAAGUGGGAAAGUUUGCCAAAAACUUUCUUCCAAUUCUAUUCAAUGUGUACAGCCAGCAGCCGCCUGCGGGCGAGUGUGGCACCUAUAGGAUGGCUGUGCUCGAUACCAUCAAAGUCUAUCUGACGGUCACUGACGAGCAGAUGAUCUGUACAUUUUUGGCUAAAGCUAUAGAGAGACUAAGCGGCACUGACAACACUGAGUUCACAAAGCUUUCAAUGAUGGACCUCAUUGUUGCCCUGGCACCCUUAGUAGAUGAGGUCACAAUGACUAAAACAUUUGAAUUUAUAAAGCCAUAUUUAGAGAUGAAGGAGCCAGGGAUGCAAAAAAAAGCUUAUCGUGUGCUUGAGGAGUUGUGUGGCGGCGAGAGGGAAGAAUGUAAAUCAUUUGUCGUUAAAAAUCUGGAAGCGCUUAAAGUCAGCCUGCUUGAGACUUUAAAAAACGCAUCUUCGCCAUCAAAACGGCCAAGACUCAAGUGUCUACUUCACAUUGUAAAAAGGCUUGGAGAAGAGCACAAGGACUUUAUCACCGCACUGUUGCCAGAGGUUAUCAUUUGUACAAAAGAGGUGUCUGUCGGAGCUCGUAAAAGUGCCUAUAACCUUCUGGUGGAGAUAGGAAAUGCUUUUAUGCGUUUCUGCAGCAGCCCAAAUGAUGCCAUGGAUCAGUUCUUGUUGGUGGUCUAUGUGGGACUCACCGGCUCCGUCACGAUGAUCACCUGUACAGUCCUGGCACUUACUCGACUGGUCUUUGAGUACAAAGACUCCAUCGAGGUUUGCACCAUGGAGCAGCUCCUGCACAACAUCUGCCUCCUGCUCACAUCUCGCACAAGAGAGAUUGUUAAAGCUGCACUUGGGUUCAUUAAAGUCAUUCUCUUUGUCAUGGAUUCAAAAACACUAGGAUCACAUGUUACGGUCAUGAUGGAGGGCAUUGGGAACAUUAAAGAUGAUGUAAGAAGGCACUUUAGGACCAAACUGAAGAACAUCUUUACUAGAUUCAUCAGAAAGUUUGGGUUUGAACUGGUGAAGAGUAUGCUUCCUGCAGAGCACCACAAAGUUCUAGCAAACAUCAGAAAAGCUGAAGCUCGUAGUAAGAGGAAGAAGCAGGUGUCAGAAGAGCAGGACGACUCGGAUGAGGAGGAAGAUGUGUCCAAAAAUAAGGGUCAAAGCAUUGAAGACAUCCUGGCAGAGUCCGACAGUGACAUGUCUGAAGAUGAAGCUAAACCUAAAAAAGGACAGAAAAAGGCAGGAAAACCUCAAGCUAAAGCCUGGCUAAAGGAAGGAGAAGAAGAUGAUCCACUGAACUUCCUGGAUUCUAAAGUUUCCCAGAGAGUGCUAGCCACUAAUCCGGAGCUGAAAAAGUCCAGUAAGAAAGAGCAUGGCUUCAAGGUGACAUCAGACGGCCGACUGAUUAUCAGAGACGAAGAGGACGGGGAUCAUAAAGAAAAAGAUGGAGAAAUCCAGGACGUUCUUGAAGAGGCUGGAGUGAAAAGUAAAAAGGCACAGAAAAGAAGGUUUAAAGAUGACGACUUUGAUGAGGAAAUGGACAUUGAUCCAGCGUUAAAAUAUAAAGCUGGAGGUUCUGGUAUCCACAGACCGUUGGGAAGAGACACUGGUGUCGAGUACAAGUCAAAGAAGGGUAAAGGCGAUAUAAAACAGAAAGGGAAGCAUGACCCUUACGCGUAUAUUCCACUCAAAAAGGCUCAGCUCAAUCGCAGGAAACGGGCGAAACUUCAAGGCCAGUUCAAGGGGAUGGUGCGAGGGGCCCAGAAGGGGGCACUAUCUGGAAAGAAAAUGCAGAAGAAACGGAAAGCCUGA